AUAGAAAAAUUCUCCCUCCAAGUUUCGAUUAACAUCCCACUUGUUAUUUUAACUUAUCCUUGUUUAUUAUUCACAAUUUAUAUAUAUUUGUUCUUUAUUUAAUCAUCAUUCUUUCCCACCAUAUAUUCUUUAUCCCUACUCUCAUAAUAUUACAAGUCAAAACCGAAUGUACAUGUAAACAGAAAGAACGUAGAUAACAGAGUUGAGUUUGUCUCCGGUCUGCGGAGUCAGACGUCACGUCGAAAUCGAAACUUUCUUCUCUAUUUAAAAUAUAUUUUCAAUUAUCCCAUAAACUCCCUUAUUUUUAAAUUUAAAAAAAAAAAAAAAUUAGUCAAAUUAUUAUUAGCUGUGUGUUAUUAUUAUUUAUAUAUUAUUAUUAAAUUUUUUUUUUUUUUUUUGCUCAGUGUAAUUGUUUUUCUUUUUGUGAAUUUUAAAAAUAAUUUUCUACCAAAGUUUAAAUACAAAAAAAAAUAUUAUUGCAGUGAUAUACAUACGUGGUAUUUUUAUUAAAUAAUUGUAUUUAUUAUUUAUAUUAUUAUUAAGGAAAAAAUAAUAAAUACAAAAUAAAAGAUACUGAAGAAGUUGUGAAUAUAAGGUGGAUAUAUAGAUGAGAUAAAUUUAUAAUUUAAAUAUAUGAGUAUUAAAAAUGUCGAAAUUAGAAUAUUGGAUUGGUGCAAUUGUAACAACUGUUUUGUCAAUUAUUGUUAUUCCAACAAACUACAGACCUCCAUGGUGGUUUUUGAUGAAAGGUGAUAAAAUAAAUAAAAAAAAAUUAACAAUUCGUGAUAUUCCUGGUCCAAUUUCAUUGCCAUUAUUUGGAACAAAAUGGAUAUUUUCAUGGUUUGGAAAAUACAGAAUGGACAAAAUUCAUGAUGCAUAUAAAGACCUGAAUAUUCGUUAUGGUUCAUUAUGCAAAGAAGAAGCAUUUGGAAAUAUACCAGUGAUAUCUGUAUUUUCACGUUGUGAUAUUGAAAAAUUAUUAAAAUGUAAUUCACGUCAGCCAACUCGUCCACCAUCUGAAAUUGUUGUACAAUAUCGAAAUUCACGUAAAGAUAGAUACACACAUACAGGUCUAGUCAAUGUACAAGGUGAUGAAUGGCAACAAUUACGUGAUGCAUUAACACCAGGUUUAAUAAAUGUUAAAACAGUUAUGGGAUUUUUUCCAUCAUUAAAUCAUGUUGCUGAUGAAUUUAUAAGUUUAAUUAAAAGAAAAAGAAAUGAUGGUUGUGUUAUGGCUUUUGAAAGACUUGCAUAUAGAAUGGGAUUAGAAAGUACAUGUACAUUAAUAUUGGGAAGAUAUCUUGGUUUUUUAAAACCAUCAACAAGUUCAUUUACUUAUAAACUUGCUGAAGCUGUUAGAAUACAUUUUACAGCAUCACGUGAUGCAUUUUAUGGUCUACCAAUAUGGAAAUAUUUACCAACAACAGUAUGGAAAAAAUUUAUAAAAAGUGAAGAAGAAAUUUAUGAUUUAGUAUCGGAAUUGUUGGAAGAGACAAUUGAUCAACAAAAAGAAGAUGCUAAAGAUGAACCAAUUGAAGCUGUAUUUCAAUCAAUACUCAGAGAAAAAACAUUAGACAUGAAUGAUAAAAAAGCUGGAAUUGUUGAUUUUAUUGCUGCUGGAAUACACACGUUGGGUAAUACACUUGUAUUUUUAUUUCAUCUAAUUGGAACAGAUAAAGAAAUUCAAAAAAAACUUUAUGAUGAAGUUAUUAAUCUUGCACCAGAAGGAUGUGAUCUUGUUGCUGAAAAUCUUAGAGGUGCAAAAUAUUUAAGAGCAUGUAUUACAGAAGGUUUUAGAAUGGUUCCAACAGCUCCAUGUAUUGCUCGGCUUCUUGAUGCACCAAUUGAACUAUCUGGAUAUCAAUUAGAAGAAGGAACUGUUGUAUUGUUACACACAUGGAUAGCUGGUUUAAAUGAUGAUAAUUUUUAUAAUGCAAAUGAGUGGAUGCCUGAUCGUUGGAUUAAACCAUUAUUACCACAUUCACCAUUGUUGGUGGCACCAUUUGGCGCUGGUCGCAGAAUAUGCCCUGGUAAACGUUUUGUUGAACAGGCACUACAACUCAUCGUUGCCAAAAUUAUUCGAGAGUUUGAAAUUGUAGCUGUUAAAGAACUCGAAUUACAAUUUGAAUUUAUUAUUGCACCAAAAGGUCCAGUACCAAUUAUUUUUAAAGAUCGUUCAGAAAAAUUUCACGAUGAUAAAUAUACAUAAAAAUUUCAUUUCGUACUAGAGCAAUUAAUAUUUGUCAGUAUCUUUUUUUUUUUUUUUCGUCAUUUAAAAUGUCAGUAGCUUUUUUUAUUUUAAAUAGUUUUUUGUAUUUUCAAUUUUUUUAAUUGUUUAAAAUCAAUCGUAAAAUCCAUCGAAGGUAUUUAUUGUUACGUUCCAUUGUUGAUCUAAUUAUAGAAUAUUUUAUAAUUUUUUUUUUUUCAUAUAAUUUCUUUUAAGCUGGAAAAUUAUAAACAAACUAUACGGAAAAUUGUAAAUAAUAAUUAAAAAAAAAAAAGAAAUUAAUUUGUAUAGUUUGUUUGUUUAUUUUUCAAUAAAUAAAUAAAUUCAAUGGAUUGUUAUUAAUAAUUAUUACAAUUGUCAAAUAAAAGUCAGCAAAUUAAUGUUUUUUUUUUUUUUAAAUAAAAUAUAUAAUAUAUAUUUUUUUUAGAUGAAAUAUUAUUUAAAUUUAAUCAAAAUUUUGUCCGAUUGUUAGAGAAAAAAACAUACUUCAAAUGUCAUUCAUAAUAAUUGACUAAUUAAAUUAUUAAUUACAAGAAUUUUUGCUCAAAUAGUUGAAGACUGAAUAAAUAGUUUUUUUUUUUUUUUUCAUAUAAAUGUUUUGUACAUUUUCUAUAUUUUUUUUUUGCUAAAAAUAUUUUCAUAAAAAUUAUAUCAAUAAAUAUAUUAAACUAUUAUUCAAUAUUUAAAAAAAAAAUUAUUAUUUAUAAUUUCAACUAUUGUCAUGUAAAUAAAAAUUAAAAAAAGUAUCUUUUUUUUUUUUUUUUUUGUCGAGCAAAAAAUUAUUUAUUUAUUUUUUAAAUAGAAAUUUUUCAAUUAUAUUAUUUUUAACUUUUUUUUUUUUUGUAUAAUUAAAAUAAAUGUGUUGAUUGUAUAUUAUUUUGUAAAAAAAGAGUAUAUAAAUUCUUAAAAUUACAUAGACCAAAAAA